ACAACUCACUUAGAAAUGUUCAAGAAAUGUCAAGGUCCUGGACAUCCUAUGAAGCCACACCGCCUUUCUAUCACUCAUAGUCUUGUCCUUCAUUAUGGCUUAUAUAAAAAGUUACAGAUAUACAGACCAUAUCGGGCAAACUUUCAUGACAUGACCAGGUUUCAGAGUGGGCAAUUUCUUCAAUUUCUUUCCCCCCCUCCUCAAAAACCGUUUCCUCAGACAAUACAGUUUUUCACUGUACAUUUGUCACAUGAAUUCAGAUUCAGUAUAGGAAACGAUUGCCCUGUGUUUGACGGACUCUAUGAUUUUUGCUCUAUGUACACUGGGGCGUCAUUGGAAGGCGCUGUAAAACUAAACCAUAAUUGCUGUGAUAUUGCCAUCAACUGGUCUGGAGGUUUACAUCACGCCAAGAAAUUUGAAGCCUCAGGUUUCUGCUACGUUAAUGACAUUGUAAUAGCUAUCUUAGAAAUGUUAAAAUACCACCCGAGAGUAUUGUACAUCGACAUCGAUAUUCAUCAUGGUGAUGGAGUACAAGAAGCCUUCUACCUUACAGACAGAGUCAUGACAGUUUCUUUCCACAAAUAUGGAAACUACUUUUUUCCUGGUACAGGUGAUAUGUUUGAAAUUGGUCAUGAAAGUGGCAGAUAUUAUUCUGUUAACGUGCCUCUGAAGGAAGGUAUUGAUGAUGCCAGCUAUACACAGGUCUUCAAACCAGUCAUUGAGGCUGUUAUACAGUACUAUUGCCCAACAGCAAUUGUUCUUCAGUGUGGUGCAGACUCACUAUCAGGUGACCGCCUUGGCUGCUUCUCCCUCUCCACCAAAGGUCAUGGUGAAUGCGUAAGCUUUACAAAGAAGUUUGGUGUUCCAUUGUUAGUGCUGGGUGGUGGUGGUUACACUCCAAGAAAUGUGGCUAGGUGUUGGGCUUAUGAAACAGGACUACUAAUUGAUACAGACAUGCCGACAGAAAUUCCAUAUAACACAGAAUACUUCCAGUAUUUUGCUCCAGAUUUCUCCCUCCACCCUGAAGUAAUAACACGUCAAGAAAAUGGGAACAGUCGACAGUAUCUGGAAGCUAUUGUUAAACAUGUGUAUGAUAACCUCAGGAUGGUUCAGCAUGCACCAAGUGUCCAGAUGCAGGAUGUACCAAAUGAUGGAUUAAAUAUUAAGGAAGAAGAACAAGAACUUGAUCCAGAUGCUCGUCUGCAUCUCAGUGAAGAAGAUAAAAGAAUUGAACCAGAUAAUGAAUUUUAUGAUGGUGAAAAAGAUAAUGAUAAAGACGAGGAUCCUGAAGUUACAUCCUCCUCUGCAACAAAAAACUGAGUUAAGAGAGAGUGAGAUGGCUCAGACCACUUUCACUGAAAAAAAAAAUAUAAAGCAAUCCGUAUAAAAAAGAAUUAUGUGAAGAAGAGAAAGAUUUAGACCAGUGCAUGGUGAUUUGCAAUAUGACUUAAGAUACAUUAUUAACAAUAUCAUAACCAAAGGAAAAUAUUAAUCUUUAUUCAUCAUUAGUUUUGUAUAGGGUAUUUAGUAUGUCAUUCAUGUGAAUGCAAUUUUGAUUAUGUGUUUCAUGUUGGUGAGAGCAUGGAAUGUUAAAAAUACUACAUUCUUGCCAUGUAUUGAAAGCAUUAUUUAUGUACAAAUAUUGAUAAUAAGUGUUUUAGACAAAUGUUUUUUAGAAAAUUUAUUAUGCCCAAGAUGUUUUCAUAAUUUUGUACAUGAUGCCAAUAUUUUUUUUAUAAUGUGUUCGUAAAUUUCUCUUAAAACAUUUGCAGCAGUAUUUGACCCAUUUAACUCCAUUUUCAUGCCAUUAUCUAAGAUGUCCUCAGUGUGCACAUGAAGUUGUAAUUUAUGUAUUUUUAUAAACAAAAAGAAAAACAAA